AUGGCAAGUAUCCAGAUAAGUGUCAAGAAACAGUUGUUGCUGCAUCUGGUGAUGCAUGUGAAAGUGGUGUUGGAACAAGAAGUGGAAGUACCACUGGUGACAGCCACAGAGGCAGUACAAACGAGGACAGCCAUCAGAAGAGAGCUGAAGCAAAAUGGCAGCAUUCCUGCAGGCCAGACAGCUGCGGCAAAGGCGCGAGUGGGGGCGGGGGGAGAGACGGCGCGGCGAGUGGGGGCGGGGGGAGAGACGGCGCGGCGAGUGGGGGCGGGGGGAGAGACGGCGCGGCGAGUGGGGGCGGGGGGAGAGACGGCGCGGCGAGUGGGGGCGGGGGGAGAGACGGCGCGGCGAGUGGGGGCGGGGGGAGAGACGGCGCGGCGAGUGGGGGCGGGGGGAGAGACGGCGCGGCGAGUGGGGGCGGGGGGAGAGACGGCGCGGCGAGUGGGGGCGGGGGGAGAGACGGCGCGGCGAGUGGGGGCGGGGGGAGAGACGGCGCGGCGAGUGGGGGCGGGGGGAGAGACGGCGCGGCGAGUGGGGGCGGGGGGAGAGACGGCGCGGCGAGUGGGGGCGGGGGGAGAGACGGCGCGGCGAGUGGGGGCGGGGGGAGAGACGGCGCGGCGAGUGGGGGCGGGGGGAGAGACGGCGCGGCGAGUGGGGGCGGGGGGAGAGACGGCGCGGCGAGUGGGGGCGGGGGGAGAGACGGCGCGGCGAGUGGGGGCGGGGGGAGAGACGGCGCGGCGAGUGGGGGCGGGGGGAGAGACGGCGCGGCGAGUGGGGGCGGGGGGAGAGACGGCGCGGCGAGUGGGGGCGGGGGGAGAGACGGCGCGGCGAGUGGGGGCGGGGGGAGAGACGGCGCGGCGAGUGGGGGCGGGGGGAGAGACGGCGCGGCGAGUGGGGGCGGGGGGAGAGACGGCGCGGCGAGUGGGGGCGGGGGGAGAGACGGCGCGGCGAGUGGGGGCGGGGGGAGAGACGGCGCGGCGAGUGGGGGCGGGGGGAGAGACGGCGCGGCGAGUGGGGGCGGGGGGAGAGACGGCGCGGCGAGUGGGGGCGGGGGGAGAGACGGCGCGGCGAGUGGGGGCGGGGGGAGAGACGGCGCGGCGAGUGGGGGCGGGGGGAGAGACGGCGCGGCGAGUGGGGGCGGGGGGAGAGACGGCGCGGCGAGUGGGGGCGGGGGGAGAGACGGCGCGGCGAGUGGGGGCGGGGGGAGAGACGGCGCGGCGAGUGGGGGCGGGGGGAGAGACGGCGCGGCGAGUGGGGGCGGGGGGAGAGACGGCGCGGCGAGUGGGGGCGGGGGGAGAGACGGCGCGGCGAGUGGGGGCGGGGGGAGAGACGGCGCGGCGAGUGGGGGCGGGGGGAGAGACGGCGCGGCGAGUGGGGGCGGGGGGAGAGACGGCGCGGCGAGUGGGGGCGGGGGGAGAGACGGCGCGGCGAGUGGGGGCGGGGGGAGAGACGGCGCGGCGAGUGGGGGCGGGGGGAGAGACGGCGCGGCGAGUGGGGGCGGGGGGAGAGACGGCGCGGCGAGUGGGGGCGGGGGGAGAGACGGCGCGGCGAGUGGGGGCGGGGGGAGAGACGGCGCGGCGAGUGGGGGCGGGGGGAGAGACGGCGCGGCGAGUGGGGGCGGGGGGAGAGACGGCGCGGCGAGUGGGGGCGGGGGGAGAGACGGCGCGGCGAGUGGGGGCGGGGGGAGAGACGGCGCGGCGAGUGGGGGCGGGGGGAGAGACGGCGCGGCGAGUGGGGGCGGGGGGAGAGACGGCGCGGCGAGUGGGGGCGGGGGGAGAGACGGCGCGGCGAGUGGGGGCGGGGGGAGAGACGGCGCGGCGAGUGGGGGCGGGGGGAGAGACGGCGCGGCGAGUGGGGGCGGGGGGAGAGACGGCGCGGCGAGUGGGGGCGGGGGGAGAGACGGCGCGGCGAGUGGGGGCGGGGGGAGAGACGGCGCGGCGAGAGAAUGCGGCGGCGGCGGCAAGGAUAAGGAGGCAAGGAGAAGGAGGCAAGGAGAAGGAGGCAAGGAGAAGGAGGCAAGGAGAAGGAGGCAAGGAGAAGGAGGCAAGGAGAAGGAGGCAAGGAGAAGGAGGCAAGGAGAAGGAGGCAAGGAGAAGGAGGCAAGGAGAAGGAGGCAAGGAGAAGGAGGCAAGGAGAAGGAGGCAAGGAGAAGGAGGCAAGGAGAAGGAGGCAAGGAGAAGGAGGCAAGGAGAAGGAGGCAAGGAGAAGGAGGCAAGGAGAAGGAGGCAAGGAGAAGGAGGCAAGGAGAAGGAGGCAAGGAGAAGGAGGCAAGGAGAAGGAGGCAAGGAGAAGGAGGCAAGGAGAAGGAGGCAAGGAGAAGGAGGCAAGGAGAAGGAGGCAAGGAGAAGGAGGCAAGGAGAAGGAGGCAAGGAGAAGGAGGCAAGGAGAAGGAGGCAAGGAGAAGGAGGCAAGGAGAAGGAGGCAAGGAGAAGGAGGCAAGGAGAAGGAGGCAAGGAGAAGGAGGCAAGGAGAAGGAGGCAAGGAGAAGGAGGCAAGGAGAAGGAGGCAAGGAGAAGGAGGCAAGGAGAAGGAGGCAAGGAGAAGGAGGCAAGGAGAAGGAGGCAAGGAGAAGGAGGCAAGGAGAAGGAGGCAAGGAGAAGGAGGCAAGGAGAAGGAGGCAAGGAGAAGGAGGCAAGGAGAAGGAGGCAAGGAGAAGGAGGCAAGGAGAAGGAGGCAAGGAGAAGGAGGCAAGGAGAAGGAGGCAAGGAGAAGGAGGCAAGGAGAAGGAGGCAAGGAGAAGGAGGCAAGGAGAAGGAGGCAAGGAGAAGGAGGCAAGGAGAAGGAGGCAAGGAGAAGGAGGCAAGGAGAAGGAGGCAAGGAGAAGGAGGCAAGGAGAAGGAGGCAAGGAGAAGGAGGCAAGGAGAAGGAGGCAAGGAGAAGGAGGCAAGGAGAAGGAGGCAAGGAGAAGGAGGCAAGGAGAAGGAGGCAAGGAGAAGGAGGCAAGGAGAAGGAGGCAAGGAGAAGGAGGCAAGGAGAAGGAGGCAAGGAGAAGGAGGCAAGGAGAAGGAGGCAAGGAGAAGGAGGCAAGGAGAAGGAGGCAAGGAGAAGGAGGCAAGGAGAAGGAGGCAAGAGAACUAUCAACCGGGAGUCAACCGGGAGUCAACCGGGAGUCAACCGGGAGUCAACCGGGAGUCAACCGGGAGUCAACCGGGAGUCAACCGGGAGUCAACCGGGAGUCAACCGGGAGUCAACCGGGAGUCAACCGGGAGUCAACCGGGAGUCAACCGGGAGUCAACCGGGAGUCAACCGGGAGUCAACCGGGAGUCAACCGGGAGUCAACCGGGAGUCAACCGGGAGUCAACCGGGAGUCAACCGGGAGUCAACCGGGAGUCAACCGGGAGUCAACCGGGAGUCAACCGGGAGUCAACCGGGAGUCAACCGGGAGUCAACCGGGAGUCAACCGGGAGUCAACCGGGAGUCAACCGGGAGUCAACCGGGAGUCAACCGGGAGUCAACCGGGAGUCAACCGGGAGUCAUUCACAGUGA